CCAAUAAUCUCUUAUACAGAAAACCCCAUCCAGUAGCCGACAGAAUUUGUACUUUAUCGUUCUCCUCUUUCACGGCUGCAUAAGAAGCCAACACCUGCCGACUGGUUGCAGCGCCGUGACAUCCUGCUUCCCGUUAAAUACAGCUACAGGAUGAAAAUUGAGAACAGCCUGCCUUGCCCCCUCCUCCCUGAGUUCCCCUCCCAGACUGGGCUGCAGUUCACUGUGGCAACCGAGGAAGACUUUGAUGAGAUAAUGGCGAUGAGUCAGGACAUCUACGGUGGCUUGGACUACCUGCCCACUCGCUAUGGGUCUUGGCUCCAGGAACCCCAUCGCAUGGUCAUCUUGGCGAGAAAAGAUGGAAAAGUGAUUGCCCUGGAAUCCGUGUGCGUGAUCGACGACGGUGAGACGGUGCUGGUAGAGGGGCUGCGGGUGGCUCCUCAGGAGCGGGGCAAGGGCGUGGCCGGGGUCCUCCUGCGCUUCUGCUCUCAGCUGGUCAAGGCCAGGUACCCUGAUGUCAAGGUGAGCCGCCUGACCCGUGACGACCAGCUGGGACCUAAAGACUUCCAGAAGUAUCGGAUCAUCACCAAGCAGGGGAUUCUCCUAGUUCGUUUCAGAGCUGAAGAUCUCAAACUGCGCCUGGCAGAGAAGGAUUCGGACACACAGCGUUUUGGGGGUUCCACUGUCCCCCAUGCAGUGCUGUUGGACCCCAGCGAGGCCCACAGGCUGUUCCUGAGUGCCGGCAUCACACAGGAUGUCCUACCAAAUGCCACCAUCGUACAAGACUGGCAGCCCUUUAAACCUCUGCCUAGCAACAUGGCCAUCCUGGCCAAGAAGGACAUUGACUGGAUGGUGGAUGAUGCGAUUCGGCCCUCGGUCGCCAGCCUCUGCACCUUCCCCUUCCAUGUGCCCAUCGGAGAAGACUGGUAUUACCUGAACAUUGACAUCUUCGGGAAAGAUCUUGACCUGGUGCGACAGCAGUUCCUGUCCCACCUCCGGCGCCACACCGCCACUCUGCGGGGCAACGUCAUGUGCCAGCUGUUCCUGGACCCACCCCUGUGGGAGCCACUGGCCGAAUUCUGUCGCAACACCUUGGGCGUGGAGCUGGUGAAGGGCUACACCGAGCAGUGUGUGGUGGAGUCCGACCUGGUCUAACGAGGAGAGAUCAAGAGAGAAGAAAGGAGAGCGAUGACGUGACAGACAGCCCCUUCCUCAGAGAGACAUCCCUCAAAAAAGGAAGCUCCCCCACCCUCUGCUUCCUUGAGGAUACCUUUUUCUCACCUCUGCAUAGCAACUCUCAAGUCUCAAAAACGUUUAAAGAUAUAACAAAUGCAAUCAACGUAGGACUUUAAAAGCAUUCAUUUUAACUCUAAAAUAGGUUACAAGUUUUGUUGGUGUAUAAAGGAACAAGAAACUGAAAACACAUACAAAUGCAAGCUUAGGAUAUCCACUUUAUGUUCAAACAGCUCAUAAAAAUUAUUUUUUGUUUAUAAAUAGGCUGAAGUGCAAAUAGGUCUGCACAAGUCUCAAUGCACUUUAUAAAUAGUAUGUAAUUAAGUGAUGUGAGGCCCAGUGACGCAUGGUGAUCAGUUGGAUACGUCAGUUCAACCAAGGAGACCUCAAUAGAUAGUUGACAUGAGUGUUUAUUUGGUUAAACAAUUUAAAUGAGUAUGAGAAGAGUGAUUUGGCAAAGCCCGUCUCUUGGUCGUCGGUUCCAUCAACUCUGAAGCCGACAGAUCUGGCUAGGCGACCAGGCGAGCCAACCCCGGACCAGGACGGGGAGCUGAAGGUGGUGGAGGGGAGGAGGCGGGCGAACCGAAUAGCUGUAACGGCAAGGAAGUGGGUUAGACUUAUUCUUUAUAUAGAACCUGGAUCGCUGUGAUUGGACACGCUGGCAUUCAUUAGGUCUCCUUGUUUGAACUUUCGUAUUCACUUUCAUUUCAUUCUAGCUUUGAAGAGUUUUGGCAGAAAGCAUGCUUCUGCUGCACUUUUCACUAUGAAAGUCCUAUAGAGGAACUGAGGAACAACACAGAAAUGUUUAGUUUUGCGUUAAUCGGUUAACUGCAUCCAGGAUAAAAAAUAAUCAAUGAAAAGCAACUCAACCUCUGCCACUCAUAUACAAGUAUGAAAAAUAUACACUUUCAGGUUCACAACCUUCAAGGCUACAAUUCCCCUUCUUUUUAAACAAGAAUGAGACAAUGUAGCAAGCAACAUUAUUAAUGCUGUUGAUUUAGUUAAAUAUAUUUCACAUUUUAAUAACUUUUUCAAACAGGCUUUUAUUUCAAAAUGGUAUUCGCUGAAGGAAAAUGCACUACAAUAGGUUUGCAAGAUGUAGUGUGUGCACUUAUAUCUGCUAAUGAAAAUGAUUAAUAAUUGACUUAUUUAAGAGCCAGUCUUCAAUGGACAGUUCUCUCUUUGAAGCAGUUGCCCUUUUUGCUAAAUAUGCUGUGAUGGGUAUUAGUUUAACUUGUGAAUGUUCAAGUUUGGAUGCAUAAUGUGAGUAUAGAGAGAUAAUGGUCAUAUUUGUAAUAGAAUGCAUGAUGUGAGUAUUUAUUGGACUAACAUGUGUUCAGAGGAAUGACAUGGAGGGACCUGAUUGUGUUUCUAGAAUAACUGCUGCAAGUUUUCUACUGUUAUUUAUUUAUAUGUAAUAUUUAAUCAGUUGUGGUACAGAUAUUUUUAUAUAGUACCAAUAGCAGUAAUAUGUUAUUAUUUGUUUUAUAAGAAGCAGAAACAUUAACGUCAGAAUUUUUUUAUACACUGCAUUGUUCGGUACUUUCUGAGUUUUGGUGAGAACUUGCGAAUACCAUUUGAAAUAAAUUAACCUGAUCCAAAGUUAUUUGUCAGCAGGAAAAAAGAUGCCAAACACAAACGCAAAAGCAUGCACGCACCAAUGUCUUUCAUUUUUGCAUCCAUUACCAGAAGUGUAUUGAUUUGCCUUCACAUAAGCUAUUGUUAAUGUGCACUGAGAUUCCUGCUUUUUUUCGAUUUUACCAUAGUGACACUAAGGUCUGGAACCCUUGUGUGAACAGUGACUAUGUCAUACUUUUAUGGCUAUUUAAAGUUCUCCACAAAGUACAUUUUCAAGUGUGUUCAUCUCAUGUGUCUCAAUAGGAUUUCCUGCACUACCUUCCAGUAUUCUCUUAAGACAGAAUAUUAUACCCUUAUUGAAAUUCUCAAAGCAACUUUGCUUACUACAUCAUGCAGCAGAUUCAUUUGCCCAUUUAUUCAUUUCCUUAUAUACUUUUAAUGCCUUAAAAAAUAAAUACAUAGAUGUAUAAUCUGAAACACACAAUGAUUUUCUAGGAAGGAGGAAGAAAAUAAAAGUUACAGGAAAUGUAAAUGGCCAAUAUGUAUAUUGCAUUAGUCAAAUAUUACCCUCUGUGACUGCUUCUAGGUUUGCUAUUUAUUGGACAUAAAAAACAGAAACCAACUUUUUAAAUUACACCAACAACUUUUAAUUAAAUGUUAAGAUAGCCUCAUGAGGACACGAUGAGAAACAUCUUCUAUAGAUGGAGAAACUAAUAUUUUGAUAUAUUAGUAAUCUAAAGUAGAAGAUAGAAAAUAUAUUUUUUCACUUUUAAAUUAAGCAUGAAUAAUACCUGUCAAUGGGAAAGAAACUUAAGAAGAACAAGAACGAUUCUAGCGAUGGACUGAAUGCAAAAAGGACACAUUCCUCUUGCUUCCCCAAUGAGCACAGACCAUUUUUUUAAUUAUUAUUAUGACUGAUGGAUUGAACUGAGUCAAUGUUGAGGCUGAACAGCAACUAUGGGAGAAAUGUGUGAGGAAGAUACAGAGAAGCUGAAAGCAAAUGACAAACCACGUCAACAGAGUGUGUCUCCAACGCCUGCUUCAGAGCGCUUGGUUGGCUGUGAGGAUUGGAAGAGAUGCAUGGCAGUAAGAAGGUCAGCCUACUAUCCCUUUAAAGGCAUGCUUCCAGCUGUGCCAAAGGUCUAAGCAAGAGGACAGUGUGCAGAUGAGUGAACCAUGUUUACGCCCAAUUUCAGUGAAAGUGAGGAGCGGAACCAUUCAGUUGUCUACUGAACCAAGAUCAAGGAUUCUACACAAAGUUUUGGAAAAAAAACCCAAAAAGCUCCCUGAGAAACUACAACAUCUAUUUUUUUCUUAAAUGAAACUCCUAAUGCAGUGUUUCCCAACCCAGUCCUUGGAGACCCACAGACGGUCCACGUUUUUGCUCCCUCCAAGCUCCAUGCCUGAUAGACCACAUUUUUGCUCCCUCCCAGCUCCCGGUAGGAGCAAAAACGUGGACUGUCUGUGGGUCCCCAAGGACCGGACUGGGGAACACUAUCUAAUGGCUUUGGACUCUUUUUAAGUCUUAAUUUUUCUGCUGAACCGAAGAAGAAAAGAUUUGAAUGGAGGCCAAUAGACUGUAAUGACAAAGGGAAGACCAGCAUGUACAGUGGGGGUCUGAGUGCUGCCCCCCAGCUCCUUUACUUCUGGCCCAAAUCCCACAUAUGUUAUCGUAUACACUGCUUCAGGGCAGAUGUACAAAAGCCAUUUGGGAAAGAAAAACUGAAAUUGCCCCAUGCAUUUAAAAAAAAAUGUCCUCUACCAAUGUGCACCAGAGCCUUAUCCCCUAAAUUAAAAGUUUGUUUUUACAGCAGAAUUAAGCUAUAAAAUUGAAGAUUCCAGAUUCGACCAUCCUUUUAUGGCAGUGCGAUGACAUAUAAGGAUGGUGGAGCGUUGACGAUACAUUAACCAGACAAUGAGUUUAUAGUGCGCUGUGGGUAGUUAAUGUUCAAAGUUGAGAGACAAAUCCACUCAAGACUACAUGACUGUCUGUUCUGAAAUGAAAUGAAGUUUCUGAUAUUAGUUUGGUCCCAGCUGGCAGUCACAGUAAGACAGACAAUGAAGCUUUCUGAAUACACCCCUGUUUAUUAUGGUUUGUACCACUUACAACUCAGAUAAAUGUGAUAUUUUACUUCUGUAAAUCUGAGAAGUACCUGGCAGAUGGGUAACACGUCAUAAACCAUCUGACGAUCUGCAGACAGCCUUAGUUCCUUAAUGCUUUUGUAUCACGUGGGAAAAUUCAUCCCGUGGUCAAAAAUGGAUGACAGUGUUCUCAGCACUGACAUUACCACCCGCAGGCGCCCCCCCCCCCCAUAUGAAAAAACAAACUUUUUAAAAUGUGGUGAGGUGAUUUCCAUUUUCUGCAGAGCACUUUACAAACUGCUCACCACCAGAACAAGAAGAACCGUCCUUCAUCUUCAAAUGGACUCUACUUGUUCCACAUUUUUUUGUACUUGAUUGAAGCAUCUCAUCUUGUAUCAGUUUUGUUAUGUGAGAAACCGUAAACAGAACAGCAUAUGUGCGAAAAGGAGUAGCAAAUUGUCAUAUGUAACAGCCAGAGAACCUUCAUGGUAAAAUUAUGUAUAAACUCUGUUCCAUCUCAGUGGCACUAAACUGUAUGGUGUAUUUUAAACAGAUUCAUACUGUACUGUAGGGCUGUGUGUUCUGGGUUUGCUGACACUGAUGGUGGCUGAGUGGCACAUCCUGUUGGAGCCGCAAUACCAUAGAAACAAACUAUAUAUUGUGGUUAAAGUGCGUAUUGCCUGCUUUGCUGUCUGUGACCUGUUGGCUAAAACUGUGUAAUGUCAACAUAUGUUAGGCAGUAUUGGGUAAAGGUUUAUGCAUUAUUGUUAGUAUUAUAGCACAUAAAACUGUCAAACAUUCUUACUUAGACAAACCCUUCACUGUAAGAUAUUUAACCUAAGCAUUGUUAAAGAAGUAACAAAAUAGCCAGUUGGGAACAACAUUCAAGGUAACAGCUCCAGUCUGGAUACAUAUAGAAAACCUGCAGGCAUAAGAGAGAAUAAGGAGCAUUUGGGUGAAGUGAGGUCUGCUGAAAUGAGCAUCCAAUACCGCGGUGAAGGGUUUGUUUGUAUGUUAACAAAAGCGAGUUAAAACAUUUCUGACACUGAUGGUGUCCCUCACAUUGUAUUACCAGUCAG